UCUGGACAGCAUUUCGAUAUAGGUUUUGAAUAUAAGGCUGGACGCAGCAUCGAUCUUUGGAUGGAUAAACACCAUCUGUACGAAGCUCCGGACGACACCGUAACACGAGAUUAUCACCACGCCACUGGAACGCCGCCAUAUGCUCCGGAUAUUGUCAGAACGAGAGGUUGCCGCAGCACCGCCGGAAGGACGACACUAGCUCAAGACGCCACCGGAACACGCCGAUGUCGACGUAACAUGAGGUUGACGCCGCAUCACCGGGAUAACACUAUAUGCGCCGGAUGCCGCAGCAAUAUAGGAUUGCCGCCGCACUGCUGGGACGCCACAGUAUAG